AUGUAAAAUAAUUAAGACCUACCUUUAAAAGGUUACAAAACAAAUAAUAAUAAAAAAAAUAACAAUAAAAGAUCUAAUAAAGAUAGAUAGAAUUAACAGAAGGACCUAUAUGAAUAAAAAUAUACAAAUUCCAAUGAGUUUAAGCAAUAUUCUCAAGCUAGCACAUAUUAUAGUAAUAAUGAACAACAAAUAAAUUCAAAUAUUUAUGAACCCAAGUCUUAAUAUUAUUAAUAUAAUUAACUUGGCGAUUAUCCUUAGAAUUAAGAUUCUUUGUAUUAAUCAAAUUAGCCUUAAAAAUCAUAAUAGCAAUCUUAACACUAAUAUCAAUAAUAACAUUAGUAAUAGCAAUAAUACCAAUAAUAACAAUAGCAAUACUAAUAUCAAUAAUAAUAACAAUAGCAAUAACAAUAGCAAUAAUAAUAAUAAUAAUAAUAACAAUAAUAUAAAUAAUAGUAAUAUCAAUAGCAAUAAUAAUAUUAACAACAACCCUUACCAUUUUAACAGUAAUCCUCAAUUCCUGUUCAACCUCUUUAUUAAAAUUAAUUCUAAUUUAGUCAAUAAGUACCAACACAAUAAGAAUAAACAAAUCAAUUGAAUGUCUUGUAAGAUUUAUAGCUCAUUUAACAUCAAACUCAAAAUGAUACUGGCUUUACCGAAGUCUAAAUUAAUCAGAACAAUUAGCUUUCAAAAAAUAAUUCCUAAAUAAAUUCGAGUUCUCAGAUCCCCAAAUCAAUAAUAACUUCGCUUCUAAAAGAAGAGUAAAAAGAGGAUUGUUAUCGUUGUUAUCAUAGAUUAAUAGAUUAUUUUUUUCAAUAUGCAGACAUCGAAAUUAAAAUUUCUAAUAUUAAACCAAUUGUUGAAUAGAGACUGAAUGAAAUUUACUUGGAACUAUAAGAAUUGAGAUUAAAGAUAUAGCCAUUUGACAUUGAAGACUAAUUACGUGAAAAUAGGACUUACUAAGUAAAAGAACAAUAGGAAAACAACAUCUCUUAAAAGGAUAAAAUGAUCAUUCUACAUAGUCUCAUGAUUGAAAAUCUAUACCGAGAAGCAGAAAACUACAACUCAAAAAUAUUAAUAAGCUAUCCAAAAUAUCAAUAUAAAAUAAAUCCAUUAGAUCAGCGCUACGAAGAAAACGCUAAAAAGUUUUAUUAAAUUUUCAAAAAUAAAUGGGAUAGUCACAUCAUAUUGAUAUAAGAAUGCAAAUCAGAAUUUGAGGCUAUUUCCAAAAUAAAAUUAAUGAAUGUACCCAGAAUCAAAUAAUCCUUUUGCAGAGAGCUUGGUUUUCAUCAUCCAAUUAUUAUAUUGACAUCUGAUCUUAAUCUGGUGACCUUGAUUAACACAGCUUUAUAUAAUGAUGGAUUAGCAUUAUAAAAAAAAACCAAUGAAAUAUUAGUUAUAAAUUCAUUUGAUCAAAUUUAGACAGAAAAUAUCUAAAUUUUAAACGAUAAGCUCUAGAAAUUUUUUGAAGAUCCUUAAUACAUAAAGAAUGUUAAAGAAACUUUCGAUAUUGACUGCUAACCACAAAAGGACAUUAACGAGAUUGAUAAAUCCAUAUAAGCACUUUAAGCAAGAGAAUUUAUAGAAAUAACAGUUACUACUCCAAUAUUUAAUUUAUAAAAAGGAAAGUAUUCAGUAUAAGCUGAAUUGUAACUAUGGAUAGAAGGCUAUUAAACACAAGAAAUGAUUAAUUAAAAAUUAAAAGCUAUGAAAUAACAAUUAAAUGAAAUCUACAAUCCAUCAAUAAUCAUAAAAGUAGUUGAUAAAGCAUAAAUAAAUCUGUGGAAAAAAUAUUUAGGGUCUCUUUUUGAAAAUCAAAAUAAUUCAAAAGAAUGCAUAACUAGAGAUGAUAGGGGUGGAUUAACAAUUGAACUUAAUGGGCAUUAGGACGUAAUUUUCGAAAAGAAAGAGAAAAUAGAAACUUUACUUAAACAAUUUUAAUGUAAAAAUAUAGAAUAUUAAUGUGAAAAUGAUUUAUUUAAAGUAUUAGAGAGUAAGAGAGCUUAAUUAUCAAAAUUAUUUAAAGUAAUUUUUACUGAAAUUGCUUCAGAAUUUGGACAAUGCUAGAUUUAAAUGAUUGAUGUUAUUGAUAAGUCACUGACUGUAAUAAUUGAGGUUUACUUUAAUUAAGUUGAAAACAAAUUUAAUAAUAUAAGUACAAAAGUUACUCAGUUUUUGGAUGAAAUAGAUUACAUAGUCUUAAAGAUUAAUUUUAAAGAGUUCUUACAGUUUUAAGGUCUAAAGGAGAUUUAAUUUUAGGAUUAGUAUCAAGUUGCGGUAGCAAAAUUGAGUUAAAAUGAAUAUGGGAUCAUUGGGAGAUAAAAAGAUUUAGAUUAAAUAAAAUAAAUGCAGAAAUAGUUUGAUCAAUCAAAGAAAGAAAAUUGUACUUCAGUAAUAAUCGAAUGUGAUAAUAAAUUGGUUUUUAAUAGAAUUAAAAAGUAAAACUCUAAGCCUAUUUAAGAUGGCAAUGUUGAUGAAGAAAACGCUGUAGUGAUUAGCUUUCCAUAAGAGAAUAAGAUAAUGAUAUAAGCAUCUAAGAAAUAGAUUUAAAUAGAAAAGGAGAAGAUGAAUAAAAAGAUCCAAUAAUUUAAAAGUGAAAUUGCAACCAAGUCUUGUUUAUUCUCCGACAAGGAAGUCAAAUUUAUUGAUAAAAGCUUUAAAUCACUGUUGGAAAAAUUACAAAAGAACAAUGAAAUAAUAAUUUCAACUUCUUCUCAAACUCCAACAUCAUUACAAUCAGAUAAAUCGGCGGCCUGUACUUUGGAAUAUUAAAAUAAGAAGAUUCAAAUAAUCUAUGGAGACAUCUCAACUAUUUAAUGUGAUGCAAUAGUCAAUUCUUGUAAUAACAAAAUAUCUUUUGGCGAUUCAUUAUAAUUAACUGGUGUUGCUUAAAGUAUCUUUUAGUUAGGAGGAACAUAAUAUUCAUCAGCUUGUUAGGAUUACAUCAGAAAGAAUUAUGAGUUAGAGAUAGGAAAGGUUUUUACCUAUAGGAUGCCAAAUGAUAGACAGAUUAAAUAUAUACUUAAUGUUGCUACACCAGUAUAUUCUGAAGGAUUUGUAACAGAUGAGGAUUUGGGAAAGAUUUAAAUUAAUAUAGAGGCGAUUUUCAAAGAAAUUCACAACUUAGAUGUAAAGACUUUAACUCUUCCUAUUUUUGGAGGAGGGGCAUGCGGAUACAGUUUUAAUUAAGUUACUUAAGUGGUAUUGAAUAGUGUUAUAAAUCAUUUAUAUUUUUCAAAGAACUCCAUUGAAACUAUUUACAUUGCAGAGUUGAUAGAUAUCAAAAUUGAUUGGUUGACUAAAAUACUCAAAAAUAUAUUGAAACCUCCUGAGAAGGAACGCUAAGUAAAAUAUUAAUGGUAAUGGUAAGAUAAUUAAAGCUUUAAAGAUUAUGAUGAUGAAGAUAUUAAUAAAUAAAUAGAUGAGGCAUAUGAUUAAUUUUUACAGACAGGCCAAGAUUAGAAGGUGAUGUUGAAAUUUCCAUUCUCCAAACAGCCAGGAACUCAUUCUGUUAAUUUGGAUUCACAAAUAGUUACUGAUAUCUCAUUAAAAACUACGAAGAAAAUAAUUUCAAAGAGUAUAUCUAACUCAAAGAGAUUUUAUUUUGAUGAAGACGUUUUAGACGAUUAACUAAAUGAAUAUUUGAUACUGUAAGAAUUGAACAAUAUAAAAUAAUUCGAGAUCUUUUAUAAGAAACAUUAUGUAGAAUUUAAAAAAAAUGAGAUGUAUUAAGUGAAUUAGGAGACUCAAUAUAAGAGAAUCAUAAAGCCCACUUAAUACUUGCCAAAAAAGAAUAAGGCAAAAGGAAAAUCUAAUAAAUUAGUUGGUAAAGACUUCACUUUGGUUGAAUCUCAGAACUAAAUUUCCAAAUUAGUGUAAUAAAAAUCUACCUGUGAUCAAUUAACUCUAUAAUCAUUUGAUGGAGCACUUAAUGAAAUGAUAUAUAAAUAGAUCAAAGCUGAAUUGGAAAAAUAGGUUUUGGAGUAUAAAUUUGAUGUUCCUAACAUUCCAGAUAAUGGACUUUAAGAAUUGUAAUAAUUUAUUUAAUCAAUUGCAUUGUCCAUCAUUGGGAGAUUUAAAUAAGGGGAAAAAAUUAUUCUAAAGAUUUUUGAGAAAAAAAAAAGUAAGAUUGUCAAUUACAUUAAUUCAAUUAAAUCCUAAGAAAGGUCUUAUCCAAGUGGUUGGGUACCAUAAAGUCAAAAUUUGUUAAAAGUUUCCUUGUAACCAAGCUCCUUAGAAUACUAAGAAAUAGCGAACUAGUUUUAUAAGACUGAUAAAGGAUAGAUAUACGAGAUUUACAGAAUUUAAAAUAAAUCCUUAUGGGAUAAUUAUAUCGCUGAAAAAAAUAAGUUAAUAGAGAUACAUAAAUAAUAAGGUACAAACUUAAAAAAUAAUGAAAUUUCAAGAUAUCUAUGGCAUGGAGUCAGAACGUCUCAUCCUUAAAUAAUCUAUUCUGGCUUAAAGGAAGCUUUUGAUUAAACUUACAGCAAUGUAAUUAUUAAUUAUAAUUUAGAUUGGUAUGUGGGGUGCUGGUAUCUACUUUGCAGAAAAUGCUAGUUAUUCAAGAAAUUAUUCCUAUAAAUUAUAAUAAUCAGAUGGUGGAAACAAUGUAGGUAAACUGAUAUUUUUAUGUUGUUUGGUAACAACUGGGAGAGUCGAAGUAAGAUUACCAGAUCAAAGUAUCAAAAGACCUUCUUAAGGUUUUGAUUGUGUUUCAGGCAACACUCAAGGAAGUGAUGUGUUUAUCCUCUACUCAAUGGAUAUAAGAAGAGCAUAUCCAGCAUAUGAAAUAAUCUAUACAUGAUUUAUGAAAAUGAUUAUUAAU